AUGAUGAACGCCGCUGAGAUUGAGUGGAUGUCUGUGCUCUUGUCAAUAUAUCUGGAGAGGACGACUACUGGUACAAAGCAGAUACUUAACUUUAGAAAAAGGGCAAUGGUGUUAAAUGAACGCUUAGUAGAUUCAGAUUUCACUGAUUACAUUCUUACUGGAAGUAUUGCACAAGGAUGUUUUCAAAAAGGUUCAGAUGUGGACACAAUGCUUGUAAACAAAUCUACAGAAGUGCUGUACCCUGAUCAGAGUAUUCCUCAAUACUUGAUACACAAAACUAUUUUGAACAUUCGAGAAGCAGGCUGCCGUCCUGGUUUUGUCCACUUAGCGCUGCGUCAGCUCAGCUCUCACAGCAGAAUCUCUUCUAGUUCACUAGUUAGAAUUGGGGAUUCAGUGUUUAUUUCCAGUGAUAUCUUCAGAGAGGAAUGGACAACGUUUUAUUCAAAAUUCACAGGUUCAAACUUUAAAUCCAGUGGACCCAGCAGUGCAUAUACAAGUUAUAGCGGAAGCGAUGCCGGUGAUUUCGUUUUUUGUUUUCCGUGUAAAAUUUGGCCUAGUGAGGCUAACGAAUGGAUCACACGUACACGUUUACAUGGAUGGCCACACCAAACCUUGAUAGACGAAAUUGUAAACAGUGGAUGCCAUCUUGUCCCAGUUGGAGACAAAUGUUCCAAAGAUACAUUUUUACAAUGGCGAAUCUCAUUUACAGCAGCAGAGAGAUCUUUAGUUCAUUCCUUUAGGCUCAUCCAAGUCAAAGUAUACGUGUUGCUGAAAUAUUUCUUAAAACAAAUAAAGGAGACAUUGAAAGAAAUCAUAGGGGAUGACGAUAUCUUGUGCACCUACUUCCUAAAAACAAUCAUGUUUCAUGCAAUUGAAAAUUCAAGCCAUUUUUUUUGGCAAGACAAGAACCUAUUUUACUGCUUUUGGUUUUGCAUAAACAUUCUGAUUGCGUGGGUCAGGGCGGGAUUCUGUCCCAAUUACUUCUUCCCAAACAACAACAUGUUCCAGAGGAAAAUACAUGGACAGCAUCAGCAGAUAUUGCUGGACAUCUUGGUCAAUUACUCUCAGAUGAAAUGGAUGUGCCUUUCAGUGGGAAACUUCUUCAAAAAUUCAAUUUGGGAGAGGCUAUGUGACUCAGGCGUUCAAGCUCAGCUUGUACUCCCAAUGCCUGCACAAGAACAUAUUAUGGUACAGGAUUUGGAAAUUGUCUCAACAUUAUCGUCGAGGUGUUGUCGCACAGAAGAGAAAAUCAUCAACGCGUUUAGAUUAUUAUCUACAUCAAAGUCAGAAUUUGAAGAAGUUUUCGCAUACCACUGUGCAAUGAGCAGCCUCAGAUAUCUUUCAUCAGACAUGUUUUCUCAGGAACAGUGCGAAAAUAGGGCUGCACUAGGCAACAAGACAAGGUACGGAAGACUGAGAAAAUGUAAGUACUGGAUAACCCGGAAUGCUUUAAUGCGCACAGAUGUGUUGUAUCUGGCAACUUUACAUUUUCUGACAGGAAAUUUUCCUAAAUGCCUUGGGAUGAGCAGACGAGUAAUGAAAUUAGCAUCAUACAUCGGCGAAGACGCGAAGAUCAAUCAAGAAUUUCGCACAUUGUAUCGGCAACCUCAUGGCUAUAUAUUCGAGAGGCUCCAUCAAAUUUAUUCAAGUUUCAUUAAGUUUCGUCAUCAGGACAUGUAUCUUCCUCAUCUCAGUGUAGAGCUGUCCAAAGAAUUCCAGUCCAUUAGCAUCCCACCUCUACCAUACACCCUAUUCAUGAACUUCCUGUGCUGCCAUGAACUUGGAGACACCAGAGGGCGUGAUGGAGCAUUACACCAACUGGUACAGAUUCAGUAUCACGAGGAACAAGGAGGACAACAGUUCUGGAUUGUUCACACACUUCUAGGGAUAUGUUAUCAAACACUUGGGGACUAUCAAAGGGCUAUCGAGGCUUAUUGGGAGUCAGCUCAAUCAAAAGGAGAACUUCACGAGUUCAAUACUGCAAAGGACAGGAUAGCCAUAGUGUACCUCUGCAUGUAUGUCUCACGAAGGUCUGACAGUGGAUAGAUGUGGUAUAUCUAUGCAUGUAUGUCUCACAGAGGUCUUACAGUGGAUAGAUGUGGUGUAUUUAAAUGUCUCACAGAGGUCUGAUAAAAAGAGCUUUAUUAUGUUUACAUACAUAUGUAUGUCUCACAAAAACUGUGGUACAUUUAUGCAUGUCUUACAGAGGUCUGACAGCGGAUAGCUGUGGUGUAUCUAUGUAUGUCUGACAGAGGUCUGACAGGGGAUAGCUGUGGUGUAUCUAUGUAUGUAUGUCUGACAGAGGUCUGACAGAGGAUAGCUGUGGUGUAUCUAUGUAUGUCUCACAGAGGUCUGACAGAGGAUAGCUGUGUUGUAUCUUUGUAUGUCUCAGAUGUCUGACAGAGGAUAGGUGUGAUGAAUGUAUGUAUGUAUGUAUGUAUGUAUGAAUUUAUUGUGUAUGUAUGUAUGUAUGAUAAAGGAUUGUUGCAAUGUUUCUUUGUAUGUGUCACAGAGCCUUGGCAGCAGAUAACUAUGAUACAUAUGUAUGCAUCAACAAUAUAGGCCGUUAUUGGUUCCUAUUGGACAGCUUAACUUAGAAUGACUUUUUGACAUUGUAUAAUUUCCAAUGACACUACCAUAUGUCAAGCCUACUUUGUUGGCGCUAUCAACUUAUCUUUUGAAGACGUCGCUUCUACUCAGCGUCAGCAACCAGAAGAUUGAUAUUGACUGUCACUAACAGUUACAAGCCAUACACUUUAAACCCCGGUUAAAAGUGACAAAUGUGUUUUAAUCUAUUAGAAAUUAUCUGCUGUGAUUAUCCAAAUAUUUGUUUAAAAUACUGGAAUUUGCUUGUUUUAACACAGAAGUAUAGAUUUGUAUACAGGGGCUAACUUCCUUUACUCACUCAAGUGUUACAGGAGUGUUACCUUCCUAUCAUAGUGUUGUAUAACAAAUGAAUUCUGGGUGUAACACACUUUCUAUCGGUUAAUUCAAUCGUUGAUUGACGACCAAAUGAAGUGCACGCAUUGAUGAUGUCAUACACAAAUGACUAUUUUCUUUUCUUUUUUUGACUCAAAGUUCAUCGGUUUCAUGCAUUUCAUGCGAUCGUCUGCAACUGUCCUACAUAAAUACUGCUUAUCAUUAACAUUCUGUUAACAUUGAAAUGGGAUUGAAAAUAGCAUGAAUCUGGCAAAUAGUGCGUUAAAACUUUGACACAUGGCCGAUGUUUAGUAAAU